UUCAAAACAAAACAAUAUCUUCUGCACGCGUGUUCACAUUUCAUGUGCUGAUUCCAAUUUUACGUUAAACACGUAUUUUAAAUUGAUAUCGACGCUAUAAUUUAGUUAAAAUCACACAAAAAUGUCUGAUAAAUAUGCGGUUCCGAACAAACUCCCUGCAAAGCAGGUGAAUGUAAUGACACACCGUAAACGUCGAUUGCGCGAAGAAGAGUCACAUCAUCGUGUAAAACGUUUGAAUCGUUCAUUCAAAUUGAGAAGUAAGAAACGCGACUACAAAAAGCCUGAAUUUUUUAUCACCCAGUAUUUGAAAGCAGAACGAGAUUCGAAGCGAAUGCGUCGAGUUAUUAUGAAGAACAAUUUCUUGAAGGGUGUCGAUGAUGAAGAACCGAAACUCUUGGUUGUAAUGCAUCACCGUGCACAUCGCGUUGCAUCAAAAGAAUGUACAUUAAUUAUGAACAGCAUGGGUUUGAAUCGUUUGCACAAUACUGUUUUGCUGAAAAAUACUACGGAAUCAUUGGCACUGUUAAAAAUGAUCGAACCAUAUGUGGUGUAUGGGUAUCCAACAAUUCAAACGGUUCGCGACUUGAUUUUCAAACAUGGAUUUUUGCGGAUAAAAGGUAAACGAACAGCUAUCAAUUCCAACAAAUUGAUUGAAGAGCAUUUAGGCGAACAUGGAUGCAUUUGUAUUGAAGACAUUGUUCAUGAUUUAUUCACGGUUUCGGACAAUUUCAAAAACGUUCGCAGUUUAUUGUUACCAUUUUCGCUCAAAGCGCCCCGAGAUGGAUGGUCGAAGAAAAUUGGCGUCAGCUACAGUCGAGGCGGCGAAUAUGGCAACCGAAAACAUGAGAUUAAUGCUCUUAUCGAACGUUGUUUGUAAACCGGCUAUUAUCUGACUGUAAUACAAUCUAUAACACUAGAAUAAAUCUUUUGAAAAAUAUUUGCGACAUUUGAGUCAACCAAAAA